AAAACUCUAGAACAGUACCUUUUUGUAAGCCCUAAAGAUACUUACUGUAGUGGGAUUUGUGAAGGACGAAAUUCCACAUGUGGUGUCGAUAUUUUGGACAUGAGAAGGGAGCUACUUCCCAGGAAGUGCACAGAUAUUUUUGAAAAAAUUGACUUUGGUGAGCAAGUGCUUCCCGACUGCGAAGAAAUAUUCAAGUUUCAUGAACUGGAAUUGGGCAACUGCUUUCUAGCCAACAAUUAUAUGGACUAUGACAGUACCGAAAAAAUGCCUUUGCAAUACUCCUCGUUGGACAAAUACCUGAGUCUCCAACUGGUCUUUAACCGACCCGGACUAUACAACUAUGAAUUGUAUGUUCUAAGCAAUGAGGAUGUACCGAAUUUUGGUAGUUCUGGAACCGAGAUCUAUGGGCAUUUCAAGCGAAUGUACGAAGUCGAGGAGAAUUCUGAACGCAAAUCGAUCAGCGAACCAGUCUCUCAACGGAAGUGUAGAUUUCCAAGUGAACAUACCAUCGAGGGAAUUCCUUACAGUCAUUCCUCGUGUGUGGGUAAUCGCUUCAGUGAAUUAGGGAUGGAUAAAUGUAAUUGCUCUGUAUUCAGCUAUCAAGAUCAAAGUUCAAGGAACUUUUGCGGAAUGCAGGGACUGAUCUGCUUGUAUGAAGAAUUCAAAGUGGAAGUUGGGGAAAAUAUUGCCACAGACAGAACUUGCUUGCCAUCCUGCGUGCAUCAAAGGGUUAAACGUAUCGGAAGUAAAGAAAUGGAUCAGGAAGGCUAUGUGGUGGAGAUUGUAUUAAAAUCUCGAAGCUAGUUAUUAUGGUAACAAUUAACUCCUUUUUUUACCGGUCUUUCGGUCAUAUUUUGUAGCUUUCCCUUUGACACUGGAUCUGCUAUUGAUCAAAAAUGUAUUCUGCGUUUUAAAUUCGUCAUGUUAAAUACUUAAUACAUAUAAAAUUGUAAUUAAAA